GUCGGGAGGCUGUGUCCUCGUCCCCAGGAACUCGGUCCGGUGGGCAGCCUGAGGAUGGCUAAUUACACAUCGGCACCAGAGGAUGACUAUGAUGUCCUCAUAGAGGGUGAUCUAAAGGACAACGAGGCAGAACAAUGUGACAAAUAUGACGCCCAGGUCCUCUCAGCCCAGCUAGAGCCGCAGCUCUUUUCCCUGGUGUUCCUGGCCGGUCUCCUGGGCAAUAUCGUGGUUGUGCUUAUCCUGGUAAAAUAUAAAGGACUCAAACACACGGAAAAUAUCUAUUUUUUAAACUUGGCAGUUUCAAACUUGUGUUUCUUGCUUACCCUGCCAUUCUGGGCUUACACUGCUUCCCACGGGGGCAGUUUCAGUGAUCUCAUGUGUAAAAUUCUCAUUGGACUCUGCUCCGUAGGCCUAUAUGGUGGGGCACUUUUCAACAUCCUCCUUACUGGGCAAAGAUACCUGGUGUUUUCGCACAUGCGAUGCUUUUCCCGGGCCACCAGGAUGGUGUCCUGCCGCAUCAUUACAAGUUUCCUGGCGUGGGUAACAGUCAUCACUCUGGUCAUUUUGCUUGAAUGCAUGUUUUAUAAACCUCAGAUGGAAGCCCAGGUCUACAAGUGCACUUUUAGCAGACCUCCCUUCCUGCCAAUGGACGAGACAUUCCGGAAGAAUUUUCUGGCUUUAAUGAUGAACAUUUCAGUUGUUGUUUUGCCGUUGUUCUUUUUGAUAUUUUGCUAUGUGCCAAUGAGAAAAACACUAAGGUUCCGGGAGAGGAGAUAUGACCUUUUCAAGCUUGUUUUUGCCAUAGUGGUUGUCUUCCUUCUGAUUUGGGCACCCUACAAUGUUGCACUUUUCCUGUCUGCUUUCAAAGAAUACUUCUCCCUGGAUGACUGCAAGAGCAACUAUAAUCUGGACAGAAGCGUUCAGAUAACAAAAAUCAUCGCCACCACUCACUGCUGUGUCAACCCUCUCCUCCACGUGUUUCUCGACAAGGCAUUUAGGAAAUACCUCUGGUGCCUUUUCCACCUGCGUAAUAACACCCCAACUCAAUCCAGUGAGGAAUCUGUACAAGGUGCAUCAAGGGACGAACAUAGCCAUUCCACCCUAGUGUGA